AUGGCGCUCUCCCGCCGCCUUCUCCUAUUCCUCUCCCUCGUCGCCAUCACGGCGGGCACCGGCACCUCCGAGAUGAUCGUGACAAGGUGCUAUCCGCCGCCGACGCCCACUGUCAACGGCAGCACCAGCGCGUUCCGCCGCGAUCUCCUCUCGCUACUCGACGCCCUCCCCUCGGCCGCCGCGUGGACGGGCUUCGCCUCCAUGCGGACCGGCGGCUCGUUCGCCCGCGGCCUCUGCUUCGGCGACCCCGCGCCGGACUCGUGCUUCCGCUGCCUGUCCGACGUCGGCAGGAAGAUCACCGACCUGUGCGACGACGCUAGCCGGCGCGCGGGCUUCCUGAACGACGGCUGCUUCCUGGGCUACGCCGACAGCAACGUGUCCUCCGACAACGACAUCGGUGGCGUGUCAUUCUCCGGCGACACCAUCCCGCGCAUCGACGCCGUCGACGUGCAGAAGCUCGCGGCCGUGGCGCGGUCCUUGGUCCCGCGGUCCGUGAACGGCCAGGUGGCCGCCGGCGACGCGACUGCCACGGCGAGCAACGGCGACACGGUGCGCGUGCUGGCACAGUGCGCGACGGACCGCGCCCCAGCGGAGUGCGCCCGGUGCCUGCAGGAUUCGUCGCUGCAGAUGGCCAAGAGCUGGGGCCUCACGCGCAGCGCCAGCACCGUGCAGGCGGUUCUCGGCUCGAACUGCUACCUCCGCUUCGAGAUAUCGGCACCGCCUGUGGGAGAGAAGAUUCGGAGGAUCGUAAAGGGUCACAUCGUCCUGACUGUGUGCAUUGGCUUCAUCGUCGCCGUAGCCGUAGCCGUAGCCGUCGCCGUGCUGGUGGUGGUGAGAAGAAAGGCCGGGAAUACAGCAGCACCAGGAAUAUCGGCGGCAGCGAUCUUAUCGCCGGCGAUCUCGUCCGAGAGCGCGCGCGGCACCGUCGUCAACCUCCAGCGCUCGCAGCGGGGCGGGCAACCUAGCUUUCUGGCGGUCCAGGCCAUCGCAGAUCUUGUUCUGGUAGUGCUGCUCGUCGUGAUAUACAAGUGA